AAGGAGUAUAAUUGCGAAUUUUGGUUGAUUUUCAUUUGCAAUCUGAAUUUUAAAAUUACCGUUAAUUCCGAACUCUAUAUAUUGCAUUAAAUUUGCAACAAAAGAAGUUCUUCUGCGGUGCACUAAGUAGAUGUGUGUAGUACAUGUAGAACCAUUUUCUUUAAUUUGACUUCGUUUGUUACAAGUUAUUUUGCGCGGGAAGCCGGGAAUUGCCUCUAAAAUCUUGUAAUGAGAAUUGAACCUUUUUAAGCUCUCCUUCAAGAUGACUGAUGCUUUGUGCCAUUUGGUUGUGGACGGUAACGAGGUAUUGGAACUAAAAUUAGUGAGGUCUCCAGACGAUAUUGAGGAUGAAGAAACCAGUUUUGCUCCAGAGAUGUGCCACCAAGUGUUUGGCGAAAACGAAAAUAUUUUUGGCUAUACAGACUUGCGUAUACGGCUCUACUACACUGCUGGGAGUCUUCAAACAUAUCUCGGAAUUGAAUACUCUGAAAAGAUUGAGCCCAGCAUUUCUGAAGGCAUGAAAGCUGAUGAUGUAGAAGGAGCUAUGAAAAAAAUUUUGUCACCCGGAUAUACAACAAAUUUGGACCAGUUUGUCUCACUGUUAGAAAAGGACAAAGCAUUCAGGCCGAUGGGAAAAAUGCUACAUUCCUUUACAGCCACUCCCCAUGACAGGGCAGACAAACAUACAUUUGAAGUGUACCUCUGUGACACAACCACGCCGGGCUUCCUCGCCUUCCAUGAGCGGCUGCAGACAUUCCUGCUGUGGUAUGUGGAUGCAGCCUCCUUCAUUGAUGUUGAUGAUGACCAGUGGACCUUCUUUACAGUAUUCGAGAAGUACCCUACGAGCGAGGGCGGGUACGCGUACGCGGCGGCGGGGUACGCGACGGUGUACCGCUACUACGCGUAUCCCGCGCACGCACGCCCGCGCGUGUCUCAGGUGCUCACGCUGCCGCCCUUCCGCAAGCUCGGCGUCUGCGCCAACCUGCUUACGGCCAUCUAUUCACACUUCGUAAUACUUCCAGAGAUCAUUGAUAUGACUGUAGAAGAUCCAUCAGAAGAUUUUCAGAGAAUCAGAGAUUAUGUAGAUUGCAAAAACUGUGAAACACUGCCAGCAUUUUAUCCAGCAAAGCUGUAUCAAGGGUUUUCGCCUGAGAUGGUGUCGCAGGCGUGCUCCAAGUUCAAGAUCAACAAGAAGCAGGUGCGGCGCGUGUACGAGAUCCUGCGCCUGCGCGCCACCAACACGUCCGACAAGGCGCAGUACCUGCAGUACCGGCUCGACGUCAAGAACAGGCUCAACGCUCCCUUCCAGAAGAAGAAAUUAGAAAUGAAGAAGCUGGAGAAAGUGCUGAAACCGGAAGAGUACGCGGCGACGCUGAGCUCGCUGGGCGUCAACGAGACGCAGGGCCGCCUCGCCGGCCAGUACCUCGCGCUCGAGGCCGACUACCGUCGCGUGCUGCACCGCCUCGACCACGACUAACACUAAACACUAACCGCCCCCCCCCCCCCCCCGCCCCGCGCCCCCCGACCCGCGCACGGCUCAACUAAUACCUACAUCAGGGGCCUAAGUGACAAUCGUUCAUAGAAAACGCCUAUAAAAACUUAAAUAAUGUAUGGAAGCGAUGACGUGGCCGGUGGCGGAGCGUCAACUAAUCUAGCCGUAGUCGAAAUCGCAUAAGCGAGGCCCUUUUCUUUCAAUGUGUAUUCCCGAGUUAUUAAAAAGGGUUGCCUCCUGCGGGGCCACCUUAAGUGCGAGGCCGUGGAUGAGGAACCGCUUGGUGACUCCGUCAAUGUCGAUCGGUAUAUGUUUUCUUUUCACUCAGCGUUGUCGAUAAACGAUUGUCAUCUAGGCUACGGCCCCAUGAAUGACACACUCGCAGUUCGUGAUUAUCGAACGUGAAAUCUUUCAUUUACUAUUUACGACUAUUAGUUCAGUUGUUUUUGGUUUAACAAAACUCUCCAAAAAUUCAUGUCUAAUAUUAGUAAUAAUAAUGAUGUAAUGUAUCCAGUAUGCGUUAGUAUUUUAGUGAUUUUUUUAUGUCAUUUUAUGUAAAGACGCAGUCAGUUCUUUAUGAGAUGUAAAAUGAUCAAAUGUUAAACAGCAUGGACUUGUCAGUAAAAUUGUGUUAAAUUUGGCUGUAACACUGAAAAGGUCGAUAACUUUAGGAGUUUCGAUCCACAAUGAAACAUAAUGGCUGGGAUUAGGAUAGGAUAUCGAAAUGCAUGAGUUGAAAUGUUCAUAUUGGUUAAUUAAUCUUAACCAAUAUGAACAUUAGUAUAGACUGUAAUUGGAAUUAGUGUGUAGCUUUUCCUCGCAGCUUUUUACUUUUUAUUUUGUUGGAAAGCUAGACUAGUCAUUUAUUAUGGAAUUCCACACUUAAAAUUUAAUUACAUCUUUAAGUCAGCGCCCGGCGAUGGCCGCAAAUGCACGUGAGAAAGUACGUUAUUUCUUGAGCCCUUGGUUGUGUUGUUGUUUAAAUGUUUUUAUUAUUACCAUGUGACAAUGUGUGCAAAGAUUAUUUCAGUGGAGAGUGUUGGCCUGUGUUAGUGCCUUUAUGCAUGGAGUGUUAAUCGGAUUUUGCAUAAAACUUUGUUGCAAAUGAUGUUAACAUGCAAUGACACCCCGACAAUGGAAAACAGUACUAUUAUUGGCGAACUAGCCGAGUAUGAUAUUAAGGCUCCAAUCAGUGUCACGAUUAGUUUUGAUGACGAUUUCGAUGAACCUCUUGUAAAAAAGAAAUCGUCGUAUCAGAUGAUUAUCAAGAGAAGGAAACUGAAGAAACUGUAGUAUCUACUUUUUCCCCAUUUUGGAAACAAAACCAGAAAUCCAUGCAGAAACGCCUUAACCCUGCUUAUUUAGUGAGAAACAGUGCAACAAUUUCAACUUACAAAACAUUCAAGACGCUCCUCAACCUGAUAACCUAAACGAUGUAUUAUUAAAUAGUGAUACAUCUAGAAAACGAAAGACAGAAAAUUUGGAAAUGUGCAAACCAAAGCUCUUCUAAAUUUUACAUGACAAAUCGGUUGAAAAUAACCACGAAUUAAUAAACUAGUGGAUGUGAAAUGACUCCUAUUUAGUAUGAAAACCAGUGUCGCUAAACUCACACAUUCAUAGCCACGUUAAAAUACGUCACACACUUACAAAAUUGCUCUGAUUCGUAGCAACUUUCCAUACCAAAAGGUUAUUACCGGUGGACAUUUCUCGAACGAAUAUCAACUGUAGGCUACAUGAGUGACGGUUUAAAAUAUAAUGUCAAAGCUAUAUGACAUACGACUCUUUCAUUAUCUCAUUAAUCUCACAAAAGCUCGCUCAACGUUCACCUAAUACAACUACUCAACACCAGAUGGCGUUAUUUUAUAGUUUUAAAAUCACUUACUUAUUACAGGCGAGAAAAGGGCUAAAAAACCAGUAUAAGUAAGGUCUAAUUAAGCAUGAUUUGUUACGGAUCUCACGGUCACGUUACACUGGUGUUUUCGGGAUCUCUACACGCCUGCGAGUAGCUAACCGUUGGAACUUCUUUCCAUUCGACGAUAUAGGGAGGGGACAGUGUAAUCGGAGUGUUUUAUCGAUAUUUGUGUGUUCAGUUAGGUAUUGAUAUUUCAUUACCGUAUGUUUUAACACAUUUAGAUGAUACUUUAUUUAUGAUUAUAAUAUAGGUAGUGAUAAUCGUGAUUGUAUGAAAAAUAAUAUGUACAACAAAUAUCUAACUAGAAAUUUGUUUCUUAUUAAUUGACCAACUAGGUUGUUAAUGUGAACAUUAAAUAUAUCUUAAAGUCAAACAGAUAAAAUCAUAGUUCUAUAAAGGUCUAUUAACUCGGUAUUGCUGUUAUUUUGUAAUAACAAAUCUGCAAUUACUUACAUAGGUAAGUAUUCGUCUUUAACAAUAUAUUUACUUGUAGCAGCAUUUAAGGCCAAUCUAGACGGGACAACCUGAUUAAAUUGUCAAAUUAAUUGUAUGGUGUGAAAGCAUACAUGAAACUGGCUCAUCGAUCCCACUUGAUUUGAUUGUAAGAUUGUGACCUAUCAAAUCAGGAAGGGGGGCGGCAAAAUUCCAAUAUUUGACGCUAGUUUGCGUGGUAUGGAACACUUUUUAUUAAUUUAGUGAGCCCGAAUGUCACUAAUAAUUACUAAAUUAGUAACUAAGUUUUAGGCGUGUGGACGCUAGAUGAGAUGUAUGGCAAUUUUAUCCCCAGAAAUCUUUCUCUAAGAAAUGCUCCGAGCAAAUGGUGCUAUAUUUUUGCGGAAACUAAUUUUCUUGCCCAGUAGCAUUGAUCCAUUUAUUUUUAAUAUCGGCAUCUUGUGGGAACCUACAAUAAUUAAUAAUAAAGAAAUAGAAAAUAUAAAUCGUUUGUUCAUGGCAAAUUGCAUGCAUUGUACGCAUAAGUACAUUAAGUACCUAGUCUAAUUAUUUUAACGAUGAAAAUAUGAUGGGUGUAAAAAACAAAAACGUAUGUAAAGGAAUACGAAGGUUUGAAAGGUUGCCAUGAAAUGACCCCGACUUAACUUAGUGCUUGAUGACCAGAGCUGCCAUAUUUACUUAGACAUUGAUUAUCCCAAAUUGUAAUUAGAAACGUGUCUAAAAUAAUAAUUUAUUACCGAACCAAACCUCAAACUUGAAAUAUCGUAACUUUAACUUUAUCGAUAUAAAUAUCGACAUUGCGCAGCAUCUGAGUAGCGAAGUUAUUUGACAUUUAGGAUAGCGAAUAUUCCAGAUAAACGUAAAGAAUAGUGACAAAGGAUUGUGAACUCUAAGUUCUAACUGAUAAAAUAUAGAUUUACUUAACGAACAUUCGUAAAUAAUGCAAAAUAAACAGAUUUUUCGUAUUAAUCGGAUUAUAUUUAAAUAAAUAACCACCGGUGAUGGGAAAUACCUCCACGUGAAAGAUUUUUUAAACCGCUGUGAUUUCUGCAGCUUAAUACUGCACAAUACGGCAUUUUAAAUUUAAUUAUCAAUUUUUGUUAGACGAGCGUACGUACGACGUGAAUGUCAUUCGAGCAUGAAGUUUACACAAUAACUGAGCAUAGUCUGUGCAUAAAGUAAGUCGGUCGCUACUAACUGUCGGAUAGACGGGAACGCCCACUUGCCAUCUCCAUCCUACUCCGUGAAAAUAACUGUGACAAGGAAGAGUCAGUAAUUCUCACAACUGACACCAAAAGUGAUAAUAUUUAAUCUAAUCCCAACUUUCAAUGGAAUCUACGCAACAGCUUCCGUAUCAGUCAAGUAAUGAGCAAGUAAAAUCAUUUGGACAAUGGCAAUCGAGACAACAAGCCCAACCACCACAAGCGUCUGCAAUCUGGAGUUACUCCUUGGUAAACUGGCCCCUGUUGGUGCCAAUGAAUGAACUUUUUAGAAAAUUAAGUUCACAGUGACCAGUUGAAGCAUGAAUCUAGUAUAACUGGAUCGGUCAUGAGGGGCGGGGGGAAAUGACCGAACGGGAUAGUCUGAUGUAUCUUUCAGUAGGAGUAGCAGAGAAAGCGCUGUUAUUGUUUGUCUUUGUCACAGUCUCACAUUUUUUUUAUUCCCCACCGUAAACUUAGUAUGGUUUAUGGUGGGCUACAAAUCUUCUCGACCAAUCAUAUUGUCGCAUUGCGUAUGUUUUGUCCCUCACGGGCGCACGCGUAUAGCUGAUCUAUGUAAUGCUAGGUCUAUGAGUUGAAGGCAUAUUUUCUAAUUAGGAACGAUUUCAUUGGUUACGAGCAUCGCUAGGCCGGCGGAUAAUGAUGAUUUUACUGCAUUCUUAACGCGGACGAACUAUAAUGAGGUUUGUUAAACACCAACACACUACCGUUUUAUUUUUGGCUUAUCUUAAAUGAACAUUAUCUUAAUUUAAUUGGAUAUUUUUUCAAGUAAAAUGUUGAUUUU